AUCAUCUCCCUCUGCCUGGAGUGUGACCAGGUCUCUGUCCAGUCCAUCUGGUCCUCCUCCCUCAGUCUCUGCACUGCUUCAGGACCAGCAGCAGCUCCUCCAUCAAGGAGCACCAUGGACGGACUCCGGCUCCCUCCUGUCAUCGAAGAAGUUCUGGAUCCUUCAGAUGAGCUGUGUGAGCUGAAGGAGGACAAACCUGUCAGGUCACAAGCUCUGCCAGUCAAACAGAGGAAGUCCCAGGAGGAGAAGGAGGAGACGGCUGGAGGGGGAGAGAAGGGACAGCAGGAGGAGGAGAAGGACAGGAAGUCCAAUGAGGAAGAACAAGAAGGAGGAGCAAACGAUGAAGAGGAGGAGCUGGAGGAGCUGAGAGCUCAGGUGGUUCAGCUGCUCCUGGAGCUGGAGGAGAUGAGGGAGGAUUCUCAGAGACAUGAGGAGAACUUCAUGGAGCURCAAGGUCUGUUAGAGGAGGAGCGGCUGGCCAGCGCUCAUCAGGCCGAGAGCUUCACCAGACAGAUCCAGAACCUGCAAGCUCAGCUCCGUUCUGUCCAGGUGGAGAUGAACAGCCUGGAAGAGGAGAAGGAGAGUGAGUUAGAGGAAGUCCAACAGGAGCUGCGCUCAGCUCAGGAGGAGGUGCUGAUACUGCAGCAGGCAGCUGAGGAGGCGGCAGCAGAGAGGGAGAAUGACAUCGCCUCCCUGCAGGAGGAGAUGUGUCGUCUGAGGGCGGAGCUACAGCGUCUCCACGCCACCACCACUGAAUACGAGCUAGAGAUGACCACGCUGAGAGCCGAGAUGAGUCUGAGGAGCCACCAGGCUGAGAAACAUGGUGAUGRGACUCAGCACCAGGACGAGUUUGUUUCUCUGACAGACCAACAUCAAACUCUUAGCAGCAACAUUAAACAAAUCAGCAACAAAGUGGAGCAACUGAAGCAAGAUGAUGUGUGUGAUGAUGCAUACCUGGCAGUCAGAGUGCAGGGCAACACUGACUCAAAUGAGCAGGYAAAAACAGACUCCUACAUCACUUUGUCCAGAUCAGGACCCAAGCAGCAGGAUCUGGACCCAUMUGUGGCCCAGGAUGAGAUAAAUGUCUUGAAGCUACAGCUGAGACAAGCUGAGGAGACGGCUCAAAAAGUCCAGAUGGAGUGUGAGGGUCUGAAGGUGGAGUUUGAGGAGCUGCAGAACUUGUACCAACACAGCCAGCAGGAACGGUCGGCUCUUGAGCUCGAGCUGCAGCGCUGCAAGGCUGAGCUCCACGUACUGCUGGGUGGAAAGUCAAAGAACUGCACUCGUCCGUCUGAGCCCCCUGUUCUCUCCAUCCCCUUCAUAGGAUUGAUUGUUAUAGUGGCCUUGAUUUGGUGCUGGUGGGAGGAGCUGGCGUCCUAAAGGGGACCAG